GCCACCUUUUUCUUCCGUUUCUUCUUCCAAUUCAUCCUCUUAUUUCUCUUCUUCUUCAUACGCAAAUUCAAUUACCUUACCAGCACCUCCUAUAUUAACAGGCUCGAACUCUUCAAGUAUAAAAAAGAAAAAGAAACGAUUGUUACUAAGAGCCUCUAUCACUGGAAACUCUUCUGAUCAACUGUUCCAGACACCCACACCAGUAAAAAUUAUAGACAAGCGAAUGUUGGUGGUCUCUUCGGCAACCGAUGCGCCUAAUAGAAGCAAUGCUACUUCCGACAUUGAAUUAGCCACCGAAAUCGGUCAAGGGUUGCUAAGCGAAGUAAGACGAAUGCAAAGCAUUCUUCAAGAAAGACAAGAUUCGUUAAUUCUAUUAGAAACAGAAAGAAUCGACAAUCAACGAAGAAUGGAUGAUUUAAUAAAGCAGUUACGUUAUAAAAACGAAACGGAAGAAAAAUUAAAAGAAGAUAUCUGGAAUUUGGAAUUAACAAAGCAAGACUUGUCUCAUCAGAUUCGUCAACUAUCACAAAGCAUUGCCAGAACUCAAAUGGAACAGGUGAGACGCGAAAGACAAUCUAGCCUGGUUAAUCAAGAACUGGAACUAUUAAAAGCAUCUCAAUUAAAUUGGCAAGAGAUGAUGAACAAUACACAGACCGAAUAUGAAUCCACUUUAUCCUCUUUGAAUAGCCAACUGGCAAAUCUCAAAAAGGAAAAAGACGUCAUUGCAUUACAACUGGAGCAACUUUCAAAAGCACAAAGGGAUGCCAAGCAGGAAGAAGAGCAAGACGAGCAUAAAUUAAGGAAGAUAUCCGAACAAGAAAUUAAAGCCCUUCAAGUAUCUCUCGGUCAAGCACAUUCUGUUGUGGAGAGCUUACAAUUAGAUCUCGAAAAGGAAAAGCAAAAGAAAAGUGAGGUAGAUGCAUUAUUAAGGGAGUCUCAAGAAACGAUAGAGUCUAUGCAAAAAACAUCAUCUGCACCGAAUACAUGGUGUCAAGAUGCACACGCAGCCCAAAGUAGUGUAACCGUUUUGGUACCUACAUCCGACAGUGAGCUAUCGUCCUUAGAGCAAGAAAUCGAGUCAGCAGAAGGUCGCAUCAUAACUGAACGAUUUGGCUCGGUUAUUAUGAGAGAUUCAGCAACAAAUACGCCGGCUCAAUUAGUAGUUCCUAAAGAGGAAUGUAAUCAUCAGGAACCGUUGCCAAUUCUUCCUCCUUCACCAAACGGUUUCGAAAAGGUCUUGCCAUUUGUCAUGCACACAAUGAUUGGCGAAUGGCUCUUAAAAUACACAAGAAACAAAAUGGGUUAUGGUAUAUCCAGUAAGUCCCACCAAAGAUUCUUUUGGCUUCACCCUUAUACAAAAACGUUAUACUGGAGUGAGCAGGAGCCAGGUGUAAAAGGUGGAGAGUACAAGGCCAAGAGUGUAUCAAUUGAUUCAUUUUAUGUUGACCAACAACAAUUAGAAAAUAGAGUUCAACCCGUGAUAGUGAUAAAGUCUUCUGUUCGUGAUAUUAGAUUACAAUGCAUCAAUAAAGACUCACAUGAGAAAUGGGUACAGGUAUGUUAUUUACGGGGGAGGCGGCGCAGAGAAAAACAGGAAAUUGCAAAGAUUGACAUAAAAUUCUAGUCCUUGAACGAUUUAUUGAAAGAUGAAGAAACUGCUACUGUCGUUCCACAACCAAGAAACAAUAAAACAUUAAAUGCAAAAAAUAAGAGGCUAUCAUUACUGCUAGAGACCGCACCUCCAUCUACUAUUCGACAAAAGAAAAAAUGGAGAAUGUCUGAGGCCAACUUGGAUUUUUCGUCGCCCGAACAAUCAUCUAUUAGAAAAUUUGGAUCGCUGAGGCUUUCUCAUAAAUAAUCUGUACUUU